AUGUCGCUCGUGGCCUCUCCCUCCGAACUGUUCCCUGAGAUCUCCCUACAGGACUACUUCAAGCCGCCCCCAGAAGAUCCUUUCCCUGAGAACCUGCUCCGAACCAUCAUCUCACCUCCACCAAAGACAAAUAACAAGAACAAGGAUUACGUGUGGGAGGCGGGGCCGAAGACCUUUAGACAUCAAUGGGUGCCGCCCGACAACUGGGACGAGCAGAAAGAGGUUCGAAAGAUUCAAUGGGAAGGGUUUGCGAGGGGACGGGAGGGAUGGGAGAAUGAGGCCGAGCGAAAGGUCAGAGAGGAGAGGAAGGAGGCGGUCAGACGGGGAUUCGCAUAUGGUUGGCAAGGGUACAAGGACUUUGCGUGGGGUCAUGACGAGGUCAAACCGGUCUCUGAAGAUGUCGCUGAUCCAUUCAAUGGCUGGGGCGCGUCCAUCGUCGACACACUCGGGACCCUCCUCGUUAUGGGUCUCUCCGACGAGUUUAAUCUAUGUCGUGCGCAUGUCAACCAGAUCAACUUUCACUGGUUCGAAGGCAGAGACUGGUCUCAAGGCUAUAGCUCUGAGCCAUCACCAACGGAUGACGACGAGACGCCCGCAGAGAUCUGGAGUAUGCCUCGAGAUCGCACCGUCCUGUUGCCAGUGUUCGAAACAUCGAUUCGAUACCUCGGCGGUCUUCUCAGCGCUUAUGACCUAUCCGGGGACAAGAUGAUCCUGGAUCGAUGUGUCGAGCUGGCUGACAUCAUUGGCUCAGCGUUCAACACCGAGUCGGGUAUCCCUGCGGGCCGAAUGGAUCCCGGAAACCCGGGAGAUCAUCGACUGGGCUCCAUUUCCAUCGCUGAAGCAGGCAGUAUGACUGUCGAAUUCAUGCGCCUCGCACUUGUCACUGGCAAUCGGACGUACUUUGAUUGGGUCCAGUGCGCGACAGACUAUUUGGAUCAACGUGUCAUUCCCCGAUCCGUCAUUCCUCCGUUGAUCCCUCUCAUGUUCCAGCCAGACUCGGGGCUCGGUGCAAAGAUGGACGGAGCGUUCGCCUGGGGAGGGAUGGCCGAUAGCUAUUAUGAGUAUCUGAUUAAGACGUACAAGCUUCUCGGUGGAUCCGAGAUUGCUCAACAGUACAAGAGGAUCUAUGAAGAAUCCGUCAUCGUCUCGAAGAAGAACCUCUUCACCGAUAUCGACUACAUCCCGGAUCAUCCUAUACUGGCCAUCGGCAAGAUUGAACACGGCCGGUUCAAGCCAGAGAUUGAGCAUCUGACGUGUUUUGCGGGAGGCAUGCUCGCCAUGGGCGCGAAACUCUUGCAACGACAGGAGGACAUGGAGGACGCGGAAAAGUUCACCAACUCGUGCUAUUGGGUCUCGCAGGUGGGGCCACUGGGGCUUCAACCGGAACAUGUCGAGUUUUACAACCCAGACCAUGAGGAGGUUUGGGACAACGUCGAUGAGACUGGACGGAUCAUACAUCCCUACGUGGACGAAGCUGAGCUCAAGGCGAAAGGAGCGGAUGUCGGCAGAACAUACAAGGACAAGUCCGGUGUGAUCCGAUGGAGCAGUGACAAGCAGCCGGUGCUCGAAGCGGAUGGUGGAACGGGUCCAAACCACAACGUGAAGACGGUGAAAAAGCUCAGAGGCAAAUUGCCAGGCAUCAAGGGGGUCGGACCGAGGUAUAUCAACAGGCCGGAGACUGUCGAGUCAUUGUUUUACAUGUUCCGAUUGACUGGUGAUCGCAAGUGGCAAGAUAAAGGUUGGAAAAUGUUCGUCUCUUGGAUGACGGCGUCAAAGGUCUCUGGAGGGUUCAGCUCGGUCACGGAUGUCACCAAGUCGCCUCCAAAGUAUGGCGAUAAUAUGGAGUCGUUUGCGUUUGCGGAACUGUUCAAGUAUCACUAUCUCUUGCAAUCGGAACCAGACUUCAUCUCGUUGGACGACUACGUUUUCAACACGGAGGCGCACCCGCUCAUUGCCAAUCGGGACAUCCUCCCCGGCUCUCAACGCUUAUGGCGUCCGCCUACCGAUCCCGAUGCCGACCUUGGCGUCCGUGGGCAAGGUACAGACGUCCAAAAGUGGAAGCGACAAAGCGUACUCUGGAAGGGCAGAGAGACGCACAAGCAAGUCAAGGCGGAGAAGCCUGAGCAACAUCAAGGUGGAGGCAAAGGGAUGGGAGGAGGUGGUGGGAGGCCAGGCUACAUUCCUCCUCUUCCGCCAGGGUUUGGUAAUCAAGAAUGA